AAUGAACAGCUGAGUGUUGACCGCGCAGCAGCAGCAGCAGCUCUGCAGCCUGAAGUUUGAUCAAACACCGUUUUUAUAACCGUACAGAGGAAGAGGAGGAGGAAGAGGAGCACAGCUGUGUGUGUGCGCGUGUGUGUGUGUCUGCAGCAACAUGUCUGAGUAUGACACCUUCCAGCUCGGCAGGUCCCGAUACGACCAGAACACGUUUUUCGGUCGGUUCAGGCACUUCCUGGAUGUGAUUGACCCCAGGACGCUCUUCGUCACCGAGAGACGUCUGCAGGAGUCAGUGGAGCUGCUCCACCGCUUCAGACAGGGAGCUCUGCCUCCAGGUGUGACGGACGCUCAGCUGUGGCAGGCUCAGAAAAUAAAACAGGCCAUCAUCCACCCUGACACAGGGGAGAAGAUCCUCAUGCCCUUUCGGAUGUCAGGUUUCAUCCCGUUCGGCACACCAGUGGUCGUUGGUCUCCUUCUCCCAAAUCAAACGUUGGUGUCAACGGUCUUCUGGCAGUGGUUAAACCAGAGUCACAAUGCCUGUGUGAACUACUGCAACCGCAACGCCUCCAAGCCAGCUGCAGCCUCCAAAUUCGUCCAGGGAUACCUCGGAGCAGUGACCAGCGCCGUCUCCAUUGCUGUCGGGUUGAACGUGUUAAUCCAGAGAGCGAGCAGCUUCAGCCCGACGACCAGGCUCCUGGUGCAGAGGUUCAUCCCCUUCCCAGCAGUGGUCUCAUCGACUCGUCGAAGGUUAAACAUCAGGGAGAUGAUGUGUCGGGAACAACAUACUUCAGGACUCCUCUGUGAUCAUCAUAACUGUCUGUACGAGAGCCAAACCACAGCUGAGAGCUUUGUGUCCCUCUGUUCCUCACAGUCCGUCCUGCUCUCUGCGGGGUUACAGACGUGUUGUGAGCUCGCUCUGUCAGACGUGUGUGGAGCCACAAAGCUGAUUUCCAUGCCGCUCUCCCACAAACACACACCCAGGGGUAUAGACCCGUGUCCCACAAUGCUGCCGGCUCAUAAUUAAAUUGUUUGCCUCCCCCCUCUCUUACCAUGGUGGCUCUUUUAAUUAAAUCAACAGGUUUCUGCAGUGCAGCCUUUGCCUGGUAAUUGGCUGCUUGUUAGAACUCUGCUGCCGCAAACAAAUUGGAUAAUUACCCCUAAAGUGGCGUCUAUGUCAAGGCCUCAUUUACCCGAUUUAUGUUUGUUCAUUGUUGUUGGUGUUGUUGUUUUGCUGGGCCCAUAUAUAAGGUAAUUAAAAUGGCUAAUUGAAGCGAGCGAAAGCAAAGUGCUGUUUGAAUUUUCACCUGCUUCAUUUUGUUUGCUUACUUAAGGCUAGAUUUAUUUGUAAUAACCUAAUCAGGCAGCGGCCUGUCAUUCAAUUAGAUUAUGAAGACCUCAACUGCAGGGGACGACACGCCGCAGGAAAAUUAUGGGGAUAAUUAAUUUGUUGUCUUUUGAAAAUAUUUAUUAUUAUUUAAUUAUUAUUAAUUAAUUAUGUGAAAAACUCUUUAGUGCAUUUCUGUGAGUGUGCCGCUUGUUAUUAGCUGACAAUUAGAAUGUACAUAAAUGUAAUUAUUUCAAAUAAUUACAAAUUACAGCCGUAUAUUUCAGCACUGAGCUGCACACACUUUACAAUCAUUGAUUUCAUUUUAUAAUUACUUUGAUGCCUUUGUUAAUUUAAUUACAAAUGUUUACUUUGAAAAUUUGAUCUGUUUCCUGUAGUUUUUGUUAUUCCUCCCCAAAGUCCACCUGUCUGUCCUUUUAUUAAUUGGUCUGGAUAAAAAAAAAUCCCUUGUAGGUAAAAAGAGCGAUUGGUUCAGUCAAUUGAAUUCCCCUCACAGAGCGGCCCUCAGCCCCGCGGCCCUCAGCACAGAUAACUCUGAACGCUGUUGUCUUAAAUUAAAAAGGCUCGCGGCGCCACCACUAAACUCUCUAAAAUGAGUUUUUCUCAUUCCUAUUAGAGUCAAGGAGAAUGGUCCGUCUACAUUAACAUACAUUUGUGUUCAUUUUGGCUCUCGUGAAUAAAUCACAGGGUAACAACACUGCUGUCUGCUGACCUGUCGCUCACCGGGGUCACUGUGUUCAACACUGAUUUGACUGACUGGAGUCAAAGAGAAGAGGCUCCACGUUUAGUUUUGUGUAUUAUGGCACAAAUGACACGGCAGUGAUGUCGUCUACAUUUGGGUUUUUCAGAGAGUAAAGCCAGCGGACCAGAUCAAAUGCCUUGUGUGAGAAAGCUGCUCUUGAUUGGUCAGAAUUUCCAUGUGGGAAAAAUCCAGGAAGUAAAGCAAACGUUGAAGAAGAGUACACUUGCAAGAUAAAUGUGACACUUUCUAAUGUCACAAUGGAGGGACAACUACGCAGGUUGAUUUUAGCGCUGCUCAUCGUGGACUAUAUUGCUGUCAUUGUUCAUUUUAGUCAAACCAUACAGUUUGAAAACGAGGCGCGGCUCCAACUAGAAAAUAAAACCGCACCACAGUUUGUAACCGGACUGAGACCACCUCAUCAAGAAGGUCUCAGUCCGGUUGUUUUGGUGCUCACCCAAGUGUGAUUGCUGUGUUCACACCUGCCCAAACGAACCGCACUAACGGGGCAAGGGAACUUGAGUUCUAUUGAACUGAACCAAACAGGGCAGGUGUGAAAGCACCCUGAGAGCGUGUCUCAAAUCACAUACUUCCGUCAGUACACUAAUGUAGUACACAUAAGUUCUUCUUGCGUGUGCACUGAUUUCAACAGGGUAGUGUUGUCUCAAAUCUCACACUGCUGUUUUGCAAUUAUCCAAAUCAGCAAUGUCUUUUUUUUAACUGCCUCCUCUUCGUCUUCUUUUUGAACGGUGAAUUGCAAACAGACAGUGGAGCAUUAUUGCCAACAUUUGACUGCUAUCUCCGCCCACACAUAAACAAAACCUACACCACAACAUCAGUGCUGAUUAAAAUGUGCCGCCAUAGAUUGGAGCAAGUUAGCUAGCCAGCAGAUGCUAAUGUUAGCGAGCAAGCUAACAGUUAAAUGCACUGAGUACACUUGUGCACUCAAAAUAUUAAGUGUUGAGUACAGAAGUAUGCGAUCUGAGACACACUGUAAGUUACCACCUUCAAGCUAAUCACACAGGUGCAGCUAAUCAAACUAAUGUUAGUGGGAAACCACUUUGCUAAAUACUGCAAAGCGCUAUUUUGGAGUGAGCACCAAGUCCACAGAACUGUGGAUGAAACUAAAUCUAACAAGUUAACUACAGCACUGAUAAAUGGAUGGAAACUGACUGCAGACCUGCAUUUUAAGUCCUGUGUGUGAUUUAUCCUGGCUUCAUGUGCGUUGAGAGAAACUCCACUAGCUGCUAGGCUAAUUUAUACAGUCAUGGGCUUGUGCUAAUAACGUUAGCAUGCUGUAUUUGUUUGGAUAACAUGUUUAGUAUAAGACAGUUGUUUUGUCAGUGAACCUUGUGAGCUGUAAUGGAGCCGAAUUAUGUGCCGUUACCUUUGUUACAUGUUGCUGUUGUCCCUGGUUUUAUAUGAGUAGAGGAAAAGUCUGCUAGCCCCUGUGCUAAUGUAUACAAUUUAAAAUGCCAUAGGCUUGUGCUAAUAACGUUAGCAUGUUGUAUUUGUGGGGAAAAUGUGUCCAGAUAAAGACAAGUGUUUGUCUGUGAAUGCUGCGAGUUAUAGUGAAGCUGAUUUGUGUUUGAAACUGUCUCUAUUAAGACAUGUUUAAUGUGUGUUUACUGUGUGUUUAAUGUGUGUUUUAUACAGUCUAUGGUUUGGAGUCAAACUUUACAGCACUUCACAGAAACCCCACCGCCAACUAGUGUUUUGGAUGUGUAACUGCAGAGUGACACAGACACACCACCACACAAGUAUAUUAUGUAUUAGGGGACGUCUUCAGGUCGACAUGUUAUAACCAGUCAGUAGUUUGACACAUAUAGGACCUGUGUGGAUCAGAGAAAGACACUAAACUGGAUCUCCUGACUCUUAAACCCCCACACAAUAAUAUUCCAAGAUGUAAUCCCUCCUCACAGUGUCUACCACAGUGCCGUUGAGCAGGGAGCUGAGCGUCUUCCUGCUCCAGCAGCUCCACACAGACUGUCUGAUCUUUAACCACGCCACAGGGUGAAAAGACAAUUUGCUCAUUAGUGAACUAAUAAAAUAUGUGAGACACUUUGAGUUUGAAA